AUGGGCGUGGUCACUAGGGCCAAGAAGAUGAUGCCGCUGCAACUGGAUGAAGAGGAAGAAGUGCUCGUCGACCGCAUCAGCCUCCUCCCCGACGGCGUCCUCGAAGACAUCGUCUCCCUCCUCCCCACCAGGGACGCCGCCCGCACGCAGCUCCUCUCCUCCCGGUGGCGCCACAUCUGGCGCUCCGCUCCCCUCAACCUCGACGUCGACGGAGACCCAACUAUUCCGGUCAGCGAUAUCUCCCGCAUCCUGUCCACGCACCAGCAUGGCCCCGGCCGCCGCUUCUCCAUCAACUACAGUUGCCUCGGUUACUACGACGACGAGGAGGAGACCCUAGACGGCUGGCUCCGGUCCCCCGCCCUCGACGGCCUCCGGGAGCUCGAGAUCCUCUUCGACGACAGCCAUCUUCGCUGGGGGUCUCCGCCGCGGCCGCUGCCGGCGGCGUCGGUGCUCCGCUUCUCCUCCACCCUUGUCGUCGCCAGCUUCAACGCCUGCGCCUUCCCGGAUGCCACCACCACCGGCGGAUUGCUCCACUACUGGCCGCUUCUCAAGCAGCUGACCCUUUCCUACGUCACAGUCUCGGAGUCCUCCCUCCACGCGUUGCUCGCCGGCUGCCCUGCGCUGGAGAGCUUGCUGCUGCAGGAGAACAACGGCUGCCCUCGAGUGAGAAUCGUGUCGCCUAGCCUCAGAAGCAUCGGUGUGGGUACUGGUUUCGGUGCGGCUUUUUUUACAUGGGGAGACGACGAACUAGAAGAGCUCAGGCUAGUACAACAGCUUGUCAUCGAGGACGCCCCAUGCCUGGAAAAGUUAGUUGUUUUCGAAGGACUGGAGAUGGACAUCUCGGUAGUCUCUGCGCCGAGAUUGAAGGUUCUGGGCGAACUCGUGCGCGUCUGCCACAUGCUUCAAUUUUGCACCGCAGCUCUUCAUCAGGGAUCAACCUUCGAAAGGUUGACGGCGGUGGUGCCCAGUGUGAAGGUUCUAGCUUUAUCUUAUGUGAAACCUUGUUCGGAUACUGCUGUUAACUUGAUCAAGUGCUUUCCCCACUUAGAGAAGUUGUACAUCAAGAUAACACAUGUUGUUCAGAAAAAUGAAUCAUAUGAUGAAUACCAGCAACUUACUGGUACCCUUGAUAUCCGUCUGAGAAAUAUUGUGCUACCAUACCGUGAAGACAGCAAGCCAGGUUGUCAUUGA